AUGCUCGCCACAAUCUCAACUGCCCCAGACGACUCUCGUAACGCGACCAACUUUGGUGACUCUCGCAGCCUAAAGUCUUUUCGCUUGAAGCGCGUCGCCUCCGCCAAGUUCCCGACUUUUGAUUUUCUGUCGGCUGCUCGUCGAGCAGCCCCUCUCGAGGCGCACAAGAUCCAUAUCAUACCGACAACCAGGGAUGGAAUUAUUGCAAUGAGCGAGUCACCGAAUCAUAUCACUGCUUCCCCGGCGAUGUCUGGCACGGGAACAGAAAACAAGCAACGUCCAGUGCCAGACUCGUCCCCAACCACCAACGACGGCCUCCAGCCAGCAACAAGAAAUCCCCGCGCUACCAGCCCAUCUGCACCCAAGAGUCCCACUUUUCCAUCAGCCCAGCCAAGAGCCAUCAAGCGCCCACCAGCCGUUAAUAGCGCUUUCGGGAGAGAGCAACGCGAGGCAGCCCUGCGAGAGCGAGGACUCCUUCCGCCACUGCCUCAGAAAGACCUCAGCCAGCUCGAGCGUGAGCAAGACAGGAAAAUCCCCGUCGUCCGACCUGCUCCAGACGAUGCCUCCAUUCCUGCUGGCGAUGGAAUGUCGGCUGCCGAUCUCAUAAAGAAGGAAUGGGAAGCGAAGAACAAAGACGCAGAAGCAGAACAACGACAGCGACUCAACACCUUCAGGUUUGGUGGGGCUUCGUCGACGGAUCUUACCAACCUCGUCGUUUCGUCGGAAGGCGCGUCGUCGUCCAAUACGUCAGAUCAACAGGGCCCGAAAACCACCCCAGAAGGAAAACGUCGCGCUGGGCAUCAAGCAUCUUUGUCGCAACCUGUAAUCGCCGGAGUCGAGCUAAGUAAAGAUCAUCGCCGGUCCUUGAGCUUACAGACAAAGGCUUUGCCCGCCCCUCCCUCCAUCGAGAAUCUCAAGAACCCUCUCACGCCAAUUCUGGACCUCCCAUACGGCCCCGAGGUUCAGUCAUAUGUCUCGAAUGGCGCCGUUGCCUCAUCAGAGAACGUUAAUAAUGACCUUCCUGAUCCCUCACACAUCCGCAAACCUUCUUCUGCAUCGAUAGCAUCCAGCAGCAGCAGAGAAGGUCCACAACCUCCAAAGCCUCCGCCCAAGCCGUCUUCUGCCACUGCUCCACCCGCAGCAACGCCACCUCCUUGCAGACCACCUCCACCGGCCCCGACUUCUCCAGAGUGCCCCAGCAUACCACAGCGGCCAGACUCUGGCGUCCUCCCGCGGGAAGAUUCCACUUCAUCCUCGACUUCCAUUCUUACUCCUUCAUUGGACAGUGCUUCUCAAACGAUAUCCAGUUCAGAGUCCUUUGGCGUUGGCGCUGGAAAGGGCAAGUCAGGAGGGCUGAAGUUGAAGCUUGAAAACGGAAACCCCAUUCCUGUGAUCAUUGAAAGCUCCAUCGAGAAUAACCUCUCUGAUGAUGCCGGGGCUGAUAAAGAUGAAGGUUUGGUUGCCGAGCCUGCAAAGUCGACUGAGGAGGACAGGAAGGAAGGUUUGGACGGGAAAGCUCUCUCGAGCUCCGAGCACGGACAUGGUGGUGGUGAGUCCUCUGAAGGGGGUCUUGACGUACCCCCACCUGUUCCUCCACGCGAUCCGCCUAGUGUCCAACACCAGCAACGGAAGCGAGGCAUGACGACAGACCAGUACCUCCCCAAGUCGACCGCGGAUCAGGAGCAGUCUGGCGGAGCCGCACCUGCAAGGCGCAAGACGAUCAAUCCUUUCAAACGCAAUCAGCAGCAGCAGCAGCAUCAAGAUACCCUCAACCCCAACGGGAACGCUCCAAAGCGUUCAUUCACCACCAUUAGUCGAUCGGUUGUAGGAUCCGUUUUGAGGCCCAGUCGGAACAACAACAAUGCUGCAAAAUCAGACGAUGGAAAUGGUGGAAAUGCGCAGGAAGCACCCUCCUCGCCCCGGAUACCCUCAAGCAGCUCACCACCGUCCAGUCCAAAGCGACAAUACUGGCAAAGGUCACCUGCGAUUACAGGCGGUGCUGGCGUGUUUGCGCAGCAGCAGCAACAGCCACCACAGUCACCGCAGGUGGUGCGACAGGCCGUCUCGCCAACAUUGUACAGUACUGCAACAAUUCUUGCGGAGGCCAGCAAGAUACAGGAUGAAGAGCAGCGGCAGAUGGCGGAAAUGAUGUUUUUGAGUUGA